UCAUCACUCUGUUUGGUCCGUCGUUCUACAUCUAGACUUGCAAUGGCGCUGCCGACCAAGCUCCAAGUCGAUCGAAGCCUCAUCAAUCCAAAGUUUGAUGGCUACAAACUGGCGCCAUUGAGCGCAUCUUCAUCCAGCCAACCGAGCACUCAUAGCACGAGUAGUAGCGCGAUGGGCGGUGGUGCGACAGUGAGCGGCAUUGCGCUCCCGCCAAGCAGCCUCCGUCCAUUGCUUGUCCAGCCGAACGCAAGUCGCCACUUUGCGCUCAACUACUUGUCGCAGUUUGUCGCGCACAACCACCUCGUGGCGGAUCCGUUCGAUGCGGGCCAGGACGGCGAACUCGCCUAUUACAUUGACCAGCAGUGGCAAGUCGUGCGCGUACUCGCUCCCCACGCGGUCGAGCAAGACCAGCCGUGCGCUGUGGUGGAGCAUGUCGCUGCUUCGAUUCAAGCGCCCGUUUCAGCGGCUCCUGCGCACGAUCCAUUCAAUCCGACAAUCUCCUUCCCAAGCGCACAUCUUGCAGUGAUUGCAGACGGCCUCGAUCGGCUCCUGCUGUUCGACCGCACCUCAAAGCCCUGGCGACAGCUCGUGUCGACGUCGGUCGUCGUUCGAGGCGUUGACGGCAAAACGUCGCCCCUCGCCCCGCUUGUGGUCCGAUCGACUGUCAUGGAUGCAAAGCAAUCCAGUACAGUCGUGUGCUUGGUACAGACAACAGAAGAACGGCCUGCGACCAAGCCAGGCGCGGACACUUGCCUCGUCGGAUUGCACGUUGUGCGUGUUUCUGUGCCACCCGUCGACAGCGCUCCCGCAGUCAACCCUUCAGCUACUGUAGCAUUCUCGUUGAUGACACCGGCGUCCCCGUUCUAUGCUCAUUUAGAUCCGGAACAAGGCAGUCUGGUUGUUGUGACCGACCGAACUUUGACUUCCACCCAUCAUCCUGCCGCCACCGCCGCCGCAACCCAAGCCAGUUCCGCAUCGGAUCCAAAAGCAAAUACCACACACGCAAGCGCUGCUACUCCAGCAACCCCUUCCGCUCCAUUCACUUGGUCACAGCACGUGAGCGAAGUUUCAAUCCAAAUUCCCGUUCACCGAAGCGUUACCAGCAAGCAAGUGUCGUGCAAGUUUGAAAGCGAACAUCUCAAAGUGACGGUACGCGGAGCUGCAACGACAGAGGUUGUGCCGGUCGACUUUGGCGGCGCUCUCUUUGAUGAGGUCGAUCCGGAUGAAUGCACCUGGAGCAUUCAACGCCCGGCCAACGGUGGCCAACCCUUCUUGGAGGUUAUCUUGGUCAAGGUUGCGGAAACACGCAUGACUUGGACCCGUCUGUUCACAGAUGGACCCUUCAACCAUGUUGAGGCAACGUUGAGCGAUGCCCAAAAGGUCGCCAUCGCCGCCAGCCUCGCCAAGUACACGACCGACGAAUCCGAGCAAGAUAUUCGAGCCGCGUCCAAGCGAGGACUUGGCUGGUCGGCGACGCCGACUUCCCAGCCAACCGCAGCGCCAGCAUCGGCGUCAGCACCAUCGCAGAGCAAAAUUGAAGAACUGAUCGACGAUGAGGAUGAUGGACAGCCAAUCGUUGGUUCCGAUGCUGCUGCUGCUGCUGCUUCCCAUCCACAACAGCCGACAGACAUUCCUGAAGAUUAUGCAGCAGGGGCCUUUGCCCACACGGUCGAGGAGUGCGACUUUGACGACGUGGACAGCAGCAAUCUGGCUCUGAGCGUGUUUGACUCGCAUGGCCACUGCACCAGUACUCUGGCGCUCGACAGCGCACAGUUCUUGUUCAGCACUGCUGCCUCGCGCUUGCCAUCUGGCUCUGUUGCGUUGCCCGCCUUUGCUGUGCGGUACAAUGUCGACGGAGUCGUGUUUUCCGUCCACCCGUCCCAAUCUCAGCGGUCUAUCGCGCAUCACUCGGCCACCUUCAACGCGUUUGGCUAUGUGCAAGCGUCCAAGCGCGAGAAGAAAUUCCUAGGAGGCGCGGCCGACGGGCGGUUUGCAUUCCUGUGCGAGGCCAGUCGGCAUCUGUUUGUGUUUGAGCAGCCAGGCACAACUGGGUCUGCCACAAGCAGCAGCUCUUCUGCCAAGCAAACGCUGCCAGCGUUCCCCUUAGCUCCAAGCCAAGCCACGACCGCUCGCCAAUUCCUUGCACCGAUCGAAUCUGGCGCAACCGUUCUUGGUGCCGCUGUCGUCAACCGAGCCAUUCUUGCCCUGACGGAAGACUACCUGUCUGUUACUCGUGUGCCAUGAUCUUCUCAAAUGGGGGUUUGAUGAUGUGUCCUAUUGGUACAAUAAAUAAUGACAAG